UUGGGGGUAGGAGAAUGGGUUACUUUGCUGAAUGAAGUUAACUUUUAGUUUGUUGGCAGCUUUCGUUGCAAUUGGUUUUACUAAUUUUCACCUGUGUCGGUAUACGUGCUAUUUUGCUUAAGUUCGUCGUAGUUUUAAAAUAUGGCAUUACAAUCAUUUCCAAAAAUAUAAAAGGCUAUUCGUAACCGGCAAAAUAAAGUAUGUACUUGUAUUUAAUAUACAACUAUUUCAAUCGACCAAGUUUAGCAAUUAAUCGCGAUAAUCUUCGACAUAAUGGGUCAAAUCAAAAGCGAGAAAAUCGAUCCAUUAAUACGUAUUCAGGAAGAAAUUAAAGAAGUUGUCCGCCGAGAAGAGGAACAUCGCCAACUUAUCACCGCGAGCUCUCCAAUAUCACCAGACGAAUAUGAAAUACACAACGAAAAUGGCAUUGCAAAUAAUGACAGUCAUAUUGAUAACGACAGCACCAAUAGCCUCUCAAUCAGCCCAGUUCCACAUUCAUCCUUAAAUAACUGCGAGGGUUUUUUGAACAUACCAUCGUUGGCACAUAGUGAAAAUAGCGCUAACAGUAAAGACAGUACUGACGAUGAUUCAGGAAUAUCCGCCUCACCAAGCCCCAUAAAUGGUGUAUCAGCUAACCUAAGUCAUUCGGGGCCAACGAAGACAUCAAAAGAGCAACGCUAUAUCAGACCUAAUUGUUACACAAUUACACCAGAACCACCUCGCCAGAUGAUAAUCGCGAACACGGUUCCAACUGCACCUCCCAUUAUUAAUAGGCAACGUCUUUUUGCCUUUAAUCCCGCAAAUAAGGGGGUAAUGCAGCGGUUCAUAGCUUCGCGUGGAAAAUUGCAGUUGGGCAAUAAUAAUAUAGCAUCUAAUAAAAAUUUUGUAAAUCCAAAAACGACCUCUGCAUCGUCCAAUACAAGCACUUUGAGUGGUCGGCAAACACCUAACGCGUCAAUGGGGCCUUUAUCAAGUCCUUUGCAUUCAAUCCCUACACCUGAUGUCGUCCUGUCUCCUAUAGCCAUACCGACUGUUACAAUGACCCCACCCCAUAUUGAGCGGGAUGCACAAGGAAGAGUCAUACGGCGGGGUUAUGUACCAGCAGAGGUGAAGAUCCAGAAAGAAAUCCAAGAUUUGCAGGCACGUGAACAUGAACUGAAAAAACGUAACAAAUUUCGUCAAUCCACAUCCGAUCUACUUGAAGCUAGUGGAAACGACAAUGAAGAAACGGAUGAUGAAGACUCGGAAGUAGAGCAUUGCCUUGGUCCCAGACAACUCCGUUCUGCGAAGUCCGUUAGUGAAAUCUGCUACUCCACACAGAUGAAUAACAGCAUAUCGCCCAGAGCCACUCCCAGUCCAGACAUCGAUAUUAAAAAGACAGGUUGUAUCACCAUGCGUCCUGCCAUGUCAUUGGCUCAGCUGUGUGAUUUGCCCCCGGAGGAGGCGCCGUCCUCGCAUCGUCUCAUAGUAGAAUGGGAAAAUCGUAUACAAAUGAAUGCUGCACGUAACACGACUACGCUGCCGAACGACGAAUAGAUUAGAAUUUAAUUUAAAAAAAUGUAUUAAUUUUGCACCAAAUUCGUAUGCAGUUGCCAGUAUGCAGACAAAAGUCUAAAGCGCUUUAUGUAUUUCGUACUACUUAAAAAUAAGCUUUGGGAUAAGCUAUAGAUAUCAGGAUCAAUCGAGUGAUUUAACUGGCAUUUGUUACUAUGUAUUUGCGAAAAGGUAUUGUAUGUAUGCACACACAUAUAUUUAUCUACUACGAAACGAGUAUUUUAUUAUUAAACACAUGUUCCCUGAUCUAAAAAUCAAUAAAUUAUACUGCAGCUUAAUUUUUAAACCAUUA